AUGGCCGCCGAAAACGGAAGCUCCGUUGAGAGCUCAGCCACAGCCAAAGCCAUUCCAGGGCAGCGUGCAGUCUUUCCCUACGUUGACCCGCGCAACACCACACCCGAGCUUGCCGAGGCUUUCAAAGUCUUACCAUUUGAUCGGAAUGUCUUGAAGCAGCUUGCUCAUGCCGAGGGGUUUUUCCCUCCCAUCUCGCAGCUCCUGGGUACCGUCUUUCGAUCGACGCGAGAGCUUCCCACCCUGGAAUGGCAGCUUGUUGUCCUGCGUACGGCCGCGCUUAUUGGCGCUCACUACGUUUUCGAGAUCAACACACCCGUUGCCCUGGUAAACGGAAUGCCCAACGCCAAACGCCUGUUGAUCGCAUUCGGGAUUGUCAACGAUGAAUUCUACUCAGUCCGCGAUCGCGUCUUGAUGGAGUAUGUGGAAGCUCUCGUCCGCACCGACACUGUCAGCGACCCUCUACUUGCCAGCCUCAAAACCCAUUUCACGACCCGUGAGAUCAUCGAAGUUAUUGUCAUCGUGGGAUUGUACUCCAUCUUCGGCCGUGUCACCAACGUCUCACGCAUCGACGAUGACCCUGAGAUUCCUGGACUCAUGGAUUCGUUGACCAAGCUUACGGGUCAGAAGGAUCGCGGAGAGUGA